CAGAAAAUGAGUGGAAGAUAGCAACGAUUGCAAUCGACAAGAAAAUACAUUUUCUAAACACCAUUGCAGUCAGUGAGAGCCAUAAAGCAUCAAACUUUACUAUCUUUGAUCAUUUAUAUAUACAUAUAUCCAAUCUUUAGUGAAGGGUCUUAAAGAUCAUCAGUAUACCCAGUUGAUCAAGCAUAAAGAUCAUGGAGGAAAUUGGGUUUUUGGGGAUGGGGAUAAUGGGGAAAGCUAUGGCUAUGAACUUGCUUCGUCAUGGGUUUAAGGUUUCUGUUUGGAACCGUACUCUUUCAAAGUGUGAUGAGCUAAAAGAGCAUGGUGCUUCUGUUGGUGAAAGUCCGGCAGCAGUAAUUAAGAAAUGCAAAUACACUAUCGGGAUGUUAUCAGAUCCAGCUGCAGCUCUCUCUGUGGUAUUUGAUAAAGACGGGAUUCUUGAGGAAAUUUGCAGUGGGAAAGGUUACAUUGACAUGUCAACAGUCGAUGCUGAAACUUCCUCGAAAAUUAGCGAGGCAGUAAAAAAGAAGGGAGGGUCUUUUCUUGAAGCUCCGGUCUCAGGUAGCAAAAAGCCAGCUGAAGACGGACAAUUAGUAAUCCUUUCUGCUGGGGACAAAGGACUGUAUGAUGCAAUUCUUCCUGCAUUUGACGUUUUGGGGAAGAAGUCGUUUUUCUUGGGAGAGGUUGGAAACGGAGCAAAAAUGAAACUGGUUGUCAACAUGAUUAUGGGCAGCAUGAUGAACGCCUUCUCAGAGGGACUUGUGCUUGCUGACAAAAGUGGACUUAGCCCCAAUACACUUCUGGAUGUCUUGGAUCUUGGUGCAAUUGCUAACCCUAUGUUCAAAAUGAAAGGGCCGUCAAUGAUCCAAAACAGUUACAGCCCUGCGUUUCCGUUAAAACAUCAACAAAAGGACAUGAGACUGGCUCUUGCUCUUGGUGACGAGAAUGCCGUAUCAAUGCCAGUGGCAGCCGCCGCCAAUGAGGCAUUUAAGAAGGCUAGAAGCACUGGACUAGGAGAUCUUGAUUUUUCGGCUGUUUAUGAGAUCUUCAAGGGGACUGAACCCUCCUCGGCUUGACGGUCUAGAUCGUGAAGGAAGUUGGCUCUUUUUACAGACUGCAAAUCAAGCAUUCUUCCUUUCAUUAAUUCCGACGUGUUUUGUUUGGAUGACGAAGGACACUCGUACUUUGUUUUAUUUUGAUUAUGGUUGUAUAUUUGGAUCAAUUAAAACAGAAUCCACAAAUGCUUUAUUAUCAAUAGAACAAGUAAGAGACAACAUGCAUCUUCUUAACUGCUGUCUUUUUU